CCGGCUGAGAGAAGAAGAUCAGCAAGGGCCCUAUCAUCGGUACACAGCAUGAAAACUGCUCACCUGCUGCUGCUCGUCGAGCUCUGUGUCCCUCCCUCAGACAGCUGACAAAUGAUGAUUUGUCUGCUGCGGUGGUGGACGUCUCGCUUCUCUUAUCGGCGAGUGGCCGACCACCGUCAGCUGCUGUCGACAUCCACUGAGGAGGAUGAUUCCACCACUCAGCUAUCGGUCGUCAUCGGUGGUGCUGGCGCUGACCAAGGGCUUCCUGCUGACGUCUUCGCCCGUGUGGUCAUCCCUUUACUGCCUGUCGACGAUGCUGUGAGGCUCCGGGCGGUCGGCAAGGCCUACGGCGCUCAGAUGAUCGAUGAGGCGUUCCUUCUGCGUCGCAUCAGCAGCUGCCUGGCCCAGCAGCAGCUCACCGGCCUCAUCGAUGUGGAGAGGGACCGCGGCGUCGACCCCUCGGCCCCUUCCCUCCCACCAUCCCUCUCGCGAUUUGGGUAUCUCGCUCGGUGUGCCUACGUCAUCGAGCGGGCGGCUGAGUGGCGCUAUAUGGCCACAUUUAUCAGGGUGGCAAGUGCCUGUGGUGUGGCUGGCCAUCUGCCCCUCGUGCUGUCGGCUGAGAGUGUGGCGGCUCAUAUUCCCGACAAGGAAACUUUCCAUCGGCUGCCUGCUGCCAUGGCCGUCUACAAGACACUUGGAGAUCUGCUCGGCAGUGGCGCUGACAACGGCAGUCAACAGCUUCAGCUGACCGACGGCGGCAGAGGGGAGAUCGAUGUCUUUGUCGUGCCCACUAACAUGCUGCUUCGAGUCGUGCACUUGGCUUCCUACUUUAUCUAUCUGCUGGCGCUCGGUUGGGCUGUCGUGCACGGGGUGCAAUUCUUGGCGUACGUCCUCACAGGUGUCCUUGAUCACCUGGAGAAGCUGGACAUUACAUUUCGUGUCGUCUGCCAAACCGGUAUAGUGAUCCUCUCUAUAUUCCUGGGCGGGCUUAUCGGCGUGUUGAUCCGGAGAGUGACAAAAGCAAUUUGGGUGUGGGUCCAUGCGAGGAAGAGGCUGGUCCAGCACUAUGACGUCGGUGAGAGGACGCUUCGCAUCAUCGGCCGAGAUGAGAUGUUCUGCUUUUGCCCCUUCCUAUGGCGAUGCUCUUCGACACACGGCGACCCGCCCAUCCAAGCCUGGGUGCACAUCUUCCCCACAUUCAGCUCCUUUGCACUGCACACGCUGCUCGGUGCGCCAUCCUCCAGCCUGAGGUUUGUGCUCAAGGCCACGGUGAGCGGAAGGCAUGCCGGCUAUCGUCGUCUCCGUACUGACAACUUGAGCAUCGGCCGAAGGGAUGUCGUCGUUAUCGACUGGCGGUGGGACUUCAAGUUCUGGGAAGCAAUCCGUAUGGUGGUGCUGUUGGUCGGUGGCGGCUCUGUGGCGGCAUCCGUGCUCCUCAGUGAUGGCGGGCGCAUAAUGGUCGGAACCACUGAGGUGGCAGUGGCGGAUGGAUCUGUCGACGAGGAGUUCCCUGCCACCACAGCUGCCGUGCGAGAGCUGCUGCGGCCAUAUGGUCUGGGAGAUUUGACGUUCCGCCCGUGGUACUGGUGACUGACCUCGCUUGCUUUGCCUUAUUGCGACUGCUCUAGCGAACCAAGGUCUGACUCGGUGUGUCAGCGAGACGACAUGUGAUGGGUGGAAGGAUGAAGGACGGUAGCAAGCACAAUUCGACGACGUGUAUCGUCAUUGAUGGAACACACAUGGGGUCAUUCCGACAGGCACUCACACACUCACAUGCGGACAGACAUGAAGUGAAAAAAUCAAAG